GGGCCUGCGAGCGAGCGCGCGCGGGGGAGGCCGGGUAAAGCCAAUUGAUAUUCAAAAUGGCGGAUGGAGCGUCCAAAGAUGAAAAGCCCGGAAACUAAAGAACUGAGCCGUAUGAACAAUAUCCACAAAGUCUGUUGGGGCAGAAGGGGAUUUUUUGAAUCUAAAAUGAGCAAUCCGUCAGAAGCCAUCAAGCCUUCCUUGGAUGGUAAUGAAGGGAGCACAGGUGUGCAAACAAAUGGACUGGAUUUCCAGCGGCAGCCCAUCACAACAGCAGGGCCAAUUACAACAGCUCAGGCCUUACUUGGACAACUACAGCAGGUUAACUACAUGUCAGAUGUGACGAACAGAUGCUUUUAUGUGCAACUUCCUGGAGCAACUUUGCAAUCAACUGCGUCACAAACAUUAAAUGUACAGGUAAAAAAUGAGGAAUCGGAUUCCUCGUCCCAGCAUACAAUAACUCAGCCAUCACUGCAAUCAUCGUUACAGAACGCCCUACCGCAGACACAGCUCAUGCUUGCUGGAGGCCAGAUCACCGGGCUAACGUUGACGACGGCGCAGCAGCAGUUGUUAAUCCAGCAAGCGCAGGCCCAGCUACUGGCUGCUGCAGUCCAACACUCAGCAAAUCAGCAGCAUAAUGCCGCAGGAGCCACCAUCUCUGCCACGGCAGCAACUCCUAUGGCACAAAUACCCAUCGGUCAACCAAUCCAAAUACAAGAUCUGCAACAGUUGCAGCAGUUGCAGCAACAGAACUUGAACCUGCAGCAGUUUGUCCUGGUGCAACCGGGUCACCCAAUCACCACCAACCUGCAACCGACGCAGUUCAUCAUCUCACAAACUCCACAGGGACAGCAAGGUCUCAUACAAACCCAGAACCUUCUACAACAACUACCUCAGCAAAGCCAAGCCAACCUCCUGCAGGCUCAGCCAAACAUCACCUUCAGCACGCAGCCAGCAACACCGACACGCACAACAAUAGCAACGGCUCCUAUCCAGUCGGUUCAGCAGAGCCAGUCGACACCAAAGCGCGUAGAUACUCCGAACAUAGAGGAACCGAGUGACCUUGAGGAACUUGAACAGUUUGCCAAGACGUUUAAACAGAGACGUAUCAAACUCGGGUUCACUCAGGGUGAUGUAGGACUUGCCAUGGGAAAACUCUAUGGAAAUGAUUUCAGCCAAACUACAAUCUCUCGUUUUGAAGCCUUGAACCUCAGCUUUAAGAACAUGUGCAAGCUCAAACCAUUGCUUGAAAAGUGGUUGAAUGAUGCAGAAAAUUUGUCGGUAGACUCUGCACUGUCAAACCCCAGUUCCCUGGCAUCUCCAGGUCUGGGAAUCGAAGGGCUGAGCCGCAGGAGAAAGAAACGCACCAGCAUAGAGACCAAUGUUCGAGUGGCCUUAGAAAAGAGUUUCCUGGAGAACCAAAAGCCUACCUCGGAGGAGAUCAUGAUGAUUGCCGAACAACUGCAGAUGGAGAAGGAGGUGAUCAGAGUCUGGUUCUGUAACAGACGCCAGAAGGAGAAGCGGAUAAAUCCUCCCAGCAGUAACAGUGGCACUACCACAACUACCAAAACAAUCUUUCACACCCCCACCUCCAUGGUGGCUAGCACUAGUAACCUUGUGACAAGCAGUACACCGACUACUCUGGCUGUAAAUGCAAUGCAGAUGCCUGUAUCCACUGCUGGUGUGACCAGCUUCAGCAUUUCAGGUACAACUGCAUCAGGGACAGCUCCAACAAACGUGGCAUCUGUAAUCACCGGCCUGUCGUCUGCAGUUUCCACGUCAACAGUCGCUUCUCCAGCUCUAACCCCUUCACCAUCAGCGUCCAUUUCCGUGACUGAGUCGUCCAGCAGUGGUGAUACAAACACCACGCAAACAACCUCAACCGGCUUAAUAAAUCCUUUGUGCACAAGCCAAAUCAUGGUGUCAGCAUCUGGACUGCAGACAGCUGGCACUGCGCUACAGGCAGGAAUUGCACAUAUACCCACUGGUGCCGGGCUUGCUACCAACCCAAGCCUGGCAGCCAUGGCUGCUGCUGCAGGACUAACCAAUCCUGGCCUCAUGUCAGCCCCUCAGUUUGCAGCUGGAGGUGCCUUACUAAGUCUGAAUCCAGGGAGUCUUGGUGGUGCUCUUGGUCCAGCAUUAAUGAGUAAUAGCACAUUGGCAACUAUUCAAGCGCUUGCAUCUAGUGGGACACUUCCUAUAACAUCCCUCGAUGCCAGUGGGAAUCUCUUGUUUGCAAAUGCAGCGAGUGCAGGGGGCGCUCACAACAUCAUUACGGGCCCUCUUAUUUUGAACCCACAGAACCUCUCCUUACUCACCAGCAACCCAGCCGUAAGCCUGAUAUCUGCUGCCGGGACAACUGGACAUGCACCCAGUCUUCAGAUGGCCUCAAUGACAGCAGAUUCCAGCCAGAACUCUUCGUUCACUGUGACCUCGGCAGGCGGGGCCACCAACACCACCAAGGCUCAAUGAAACGUAAUCCCCAGACUGGAUUAUUUCAUCCAGUGAUGGGACGUGUAGUCGGCUGCUUCCUGCAAAAGCAAAACUGAUGUUUGCCUCAUUUUUUUAACUUGCUUGUUUUUCAGGAUUGUGUCACCAAUGACAAAAAAAAAAGACUUUUACCAAAAAGGAUACACGUGAAUAUUUAUCGUUUCAGACGGUCGUAACAAUAUAGGAGUCAUUAACAAUGCAUAGGCAAGGGUCCUGUCUCCUCUUGGUAUCUAUUUUAUUAGUUCUUUUUAAUUGUGUGUUUAUUUUAAUUAGGUCUGUUGUACAGGCCUCUUUGUUUCAUAAAGGUGUUUAUAUCAUGUAUAAAUAGCAUGGGUUUCUUUACGUGGUACAGUUUAGGCAGGCCUGUUCUUGGGAUGCUUGUGCAUCUUUUUUUCCUUGUGUAUACCGUUAAAAGAAUUACGUUACGUUUUUUUUUAUUUGGUUCAGCUAAUGUCUCUUGAAAUGGUUUCCUUUCUUAAAAAAAAAAGUUGUUCCUUGUCGGGUACACUGUAGAUUUAUGCACCGUUUGUAUAAAGUGGUUUACUGUUGGUUAUUUUUGUAGGAAAGAUUCAAAGAUAGAUGCAUUGAGACAAAAGUUCAUGAACUGGCAGUUUUAAAAACAUUGAUUGUUUUUAAAAUUCCUUGAGUUUGUCUGCCCUACCUAACUCUAAUGACUGGGCAUGUUAGCUCAUGUCAUAUCGUCGGAGAUAUUGAUCCAUUUGGCUGAAUUGUGAAAGUCAGUGGAUGAGAAGUAUCUUGUAAUGCUUCUGUCUUUGCUCAGAUACUAAAGCUAGUUGGAACCAUCAUGGGAUAUGGUAGAGAUGAGCAAACUACAAUCCAAACCAGGCCAGCCAUGAAAAGGAUCUCCAACGGGGAAAGUUCAUGACCUAGUUUCUAAAAAUGGUUUUAUUUAUGGAAACUAGAUAAUAUCUCCCCUGUAGAGCUUGAUAACAUAUCUCGUGUUGCCUCAGUUUGGAGUUUGUUUCACAGUAAUAGGGAAUAGGUUUGCUACGAGACCAGAGGCUUACAGUAUGCACAGUAUGGCUUGAACCAUUGCUGUAAGCGUAUUGAAACCAAAAAUUAAAGGACUGGAGUAAAAUGUUGCCGUUCACAUGGAGCAAAAAUGGUGCCUCUGAUUUCCUGCAGCUCUUGUUAGGAAGAGAGUGAAUAACUAAGUACUGCAGCCUCUCUCUUUUGGCUAAUGAACAAUAAUUUACUCGUUACAUAGCCCACUGGAAAUAACUGUAGGGGAAUAAGUUUCUUCGUUCAAGAAGCAUUUUUUCCCCCUGAAUAACACAUGACUGAUUCUUACAUCGGUAUUAGUUUUGAAUCAAGUGAGUGUUCACGUAGAUUCCCGCUGCACUGUUGAUAUGUUGUUUGCCCAAACCGCUGCACUAACUCGGUGUAAAUUUACUUAAACCAGCUGGGUACUUCAACUAAUUUUGGCAUUUGCAUGGUUAGCACUGUUCUUUAUACUGGUAACAAUAACUGAAUGCAGCUAAAUGAGUUUCUUCAUUAUUUUCAAAGAACGAGAGGCACCAUUUCUGUUUCCUGGCAGUAACUACAUUUAUCUCCUUUUCAAGACAUAAAGAUUGCAGUGUCGGUGGUAGUAUGUUACCAAACUGCAAAAAUGAAUAUAGCUGCCUACCAAAUAUGGACAGCUAUUGAAGCUUGAACCAAAGUCAAUUUUACCUAGCUGCUGUACCAAUGACAUUGUUUGCAUGAGUGCAGUUAAUAGGCAUCAGUAAUUUAAUUGCCACUAUUUAACAGGUAGUUACUAUCUUCUUUUUACUGACAUUUUUCAGGUAAAGGGAUCUUUAAACACAGACUUUAUGUUGCAGAGUUGUAACCAUUUUGUCAAGAGUUUGGAGCAACCAGUUUUCAUUGGGCAAAUCAAAUUUACUGGAUGGUUAAACAGAGACUAGUGUUGUAUGAUGGAAGUUGCGUUUCAGGACGUGCAAUUUCUAAGAGCGUUAAAAUGUGCAGAAUAGAUCUUGUGAUAAAUGAUACUGGUGUCCUCAAGAUUGUACUACUGCAAUACUUGUAUCCUCAUUGACCUGCUAUCCUGACUGGAGUUGUAAAUCCAAUAUCGUUGCUGUCCUUAAAGUAGGUUAUAGGCUUUGGACCAGUGGGAAUUGUUUGGAGCACAUACCUAAAUCUGACCUAAUAAUCCUUUCCUCCUUCUAUGGCACAGAUGCCAUUUCUUCCAAUCUCUUUGUGGUUUGCAUGCCCACGAUAUGCAAUUCAUCCAAUAUCUCCAAUACAUACAAACAAAUGCAAAAACGUACAUCCUGUCUUGUGCCUGGAAAGAGUGAAUGGUACAUCAAAAAUACAAACUAUGCAAUGAACGUUUUUUUUUUCAAAGACCGGUCACACUUUUCAUACUUAAAAAUGAAAUAGUGCUUAAUGCCAAAUAGUCCUAUUCCAUAAUAACAUGCCGUGCAGUGGGAAAAUAAAAUUCCCAUCAAAUCUGAUGCUGUGUGUUCAGUUACAAGUGAGGUGUGAUGACCUGUACUCCAUAUCAUGAGGCAGCAUAGCUCAAGCCUUGAUUGCACAUUGGCCAUGUUUAACUUAAAUGGUGCAUAUAGAAAAUAAGUUUGCUGGGCUAGUUUUAACUGCCAGUUUGUAUUGGUAUUAUUCAAGCUAUUUUUGCUAUAUUUUUGGCAGAGGUAUGUUGUUUUAAGUAGACUUUGAUUAAAAGGACUGAUGGUUUUUGCAGCUUCUGAGUAACUUUUAUUGCACCAUUAAUAGUUGUAAUUUUAAUUGGAAGCUAAGUAAAUCAGUAGGGUACAUAACAAUUAAUUAAUUGAUCCAGUAAAUAGAAGUGUAUAACUUUUAGUUUGACAGAUAAAGAAUUUAAAAUGUCCCUCAUUAAGGUACGAUAAUGCUGAUAUCGUUUAAAUAAAUUUACUCCAAGAAAAAUAGCAAAUAUUUUUUUUAAAUUGUUGAUGGAAAAAAUUAGACAUAUCUAAUAUUUCAGUUCUAAGUGCAGAAUGAGUAAGAAGGAACUGCAGAUGCUGGUUUAAACUGAAGAUAGACAAAAAAAGCUGGAGUAACUCAGUGGGACAGGCAGCAUCUCUGGACAGAAGGAAUGGGUGACGUUUUGGGUUGAGACCCUUCUUCAGACUAGGUGCAGAAUGAAACGUGUGCCGGAAGUUGACAGAGUUAGUGAUGCAUGGAUUGAGAAAUUCUCCUAUCGCUGCUUCUGUUGAACCUCAGUUUGCAUUUAAGGUUUGAAUCCAGCUGGGUUAGAAGUUUCAAACUUUUUCUUGCCUCUGGAUAAGACAAUCAAAAAAUGGUUGGAGAAAAAACUCUUAAUUUUGUUGUUCUCCUCAAAGGGUUUUCAUUUUACUUCAUAUUAUCAGCAUAUCAUUGAUUGGUUUCUUGCCAAGAAAAUCCUGAUGAAUUUGGGGAAUGCAGUUUGAAGAUAAAGCAAUCAUAGAAUCAUCAAAUUGAAAUCGGGCCUUUGGCCCAAAUUACCCACACUGAUGAAAUGUCCCAUCUGCACGUGCCCAUGUUUGGCCCUUAUCCCUCUAAAGCUUUCCUAUCCUAACUAUCCAAAUGUCUUUUAAAUGUGGUUGUAGUACCUGCCUCCACCACAGCUUGUUCCAUGGACCCACCACCCUCCGUGAAAACAGUUGCCCUCGCAUUCCUAUUAAACCUUUCCCCGCUCAAACAUUAAAACUUUGUCCUCUGGUUCUUGAACUCCAUAAUCUGGGUAAAAGACUCUGUGCAUACACCCCAUGUAUUCCCCUCAUGAUCUUAUAUACCCGUUUAAGAUUACUUCUCAGCCUCCUGUGCCCCAAGGAAUAAAGUCUUAGCCUGCCCAACCUCUCCGUGUAGCUCAGGCGCUCAAGUGCUGGCAAGAUCCUCGUAAAUCUUCUCUGCUCACUUCAGUCUGAUCACCCAAAACGUCACCUAUUCAUGUUCUCCAAAGAUGCUACCUGACCCACUGUUACUCCGGCACGUUGGGUCCUUCUCUACACUCGUUCUAUCUUAACAACAUCCUUCCUAUAGCAAGUCGACCAAAACUGAACACAAUACUCCAAAUGCAGCCUCACAUAACGUCCCAGCUUCUAUUCUCAAUCCCCUGAUUGAUGAAGGCCAAUGUACCGAAAGCCGCCUUGACCACCCUAUUUACGUGUGACUCCACUUUCAGGUAUGAUUUUGGUUCCUGCGUAAAUUGAGGAACAUCUGCAUCAUCUGCACCAACAUUGCAGCCUCUGAUGCUUUAUGUGCAUUAAAUGGACAUCUGUCGGAUGUGUUAACAAAUUUCUCAAAUUGAAAGUACAUGAAAAAUAAAAGUUACCAGCUAAAAUAAGUAAUUUAUUUGGAAACCAAUUAAUUCAAAAGUAGGCUAUAUUCUAGACAAUACACUAAUUAAUUUUAUCCAGUUGGAUAGAAUUUUAUUUCUUUCACUUUGAUAAAUAUUUAAAAGUAAGUUGCUAACUACGAUAAGAUGAGGAUGAUAAAUUAUAAAAUAUUUGGAAAUGCUGCAUUCUGUAAUUUGCUAUAGGAUUUUCUUUCAAAUAAAAAGAUCUACAUUUUUUAUGUUAAAUAAUUAAUUUUUCAAAUCCAAGUAAAAUUCCUUAACCAGGUGGAAGAAUAAUGUUAUAGCCAAUGUACUUCAGAAGGAUUAACACAUUAAUUUGUUAUCUUUUUUUGUAAUCGAAUAAAGAUAAUAAUAAUAAUAAUAAUAAUAAUAAAGAUAAAAAUAAACAAAUAAAUCACCCUUCUUGGGCAGUUGAGCUAACACUUGAUUGCUGUACCUGCAAAAUUUUCAUUGAAGAUGCACGACCUUACUUUUAAUGACAGAAGUUGACAUCAAUAUGUAUAGGUGUUCAGCAAAUUUAAAUUUCAUGUUUUUGAUGUUCCUUAUUCACUUUCUUAUGGAACUGGCAUUGCUGUGAAGGAUAGUAUUUAUUGGCCAACUGUUUGUUUCUUUGCAAGUAGGUCAUAGGCAAUCAGCAGCUGAGUGUCUUGGCAAGCCGUUUCAGAGGGAAUUUCUGAGUGAGCUCUGUGAGGCUGUGUAGUUGCAUAUAGUCCAGGCCAGCAUAUAGUCCAUGGCAGAGUUCCUUCCCUGAUGGAGGUUAGUGACCAGAUAACAAUCUGAUGAUGUUCAUCGUUACUAAGACUAAUAGCUGUUUUUUUUUCCCCAAAUUCCAAAUUAUCAAUCUGAAUUAAGUUCAGAUUUUGACAUUGGUCUACAAUUAUUUAACUUCAAACGUAAUUUUAAUGUGUAUAUGUACACUUCGAGAAGCCAAAUAAUUUUGAUGUACAUUGAACACAUGCCUCAUUUUAAACAUUAGAUUGAGUCAUAGACAUGGUGAUUUGGUUUGUUCUAUUUCAUGAGCAUGAUCACAUUUUUGGUGGCUUGAUCAAUUAAUAUCUAAUAACUCUGUGAAAGGCCUCCAAAAUUAGAUUUUCGGUUAAUCUAUUGUGAUUUAUUGCAAUUGAACUGUCUUUGGAAUGAAGUUGGCAUUAUUUGUUGCCUCAGAAACUGUAUACCUUUAGUUUGACAUCACGUUGUCUAACUUUCAUAUACUCUUAUCUGGGGCUACAACCAAUGUGUGUCAAAAAUCAACGUUUAUGUUUUAGAACAAAACAACAGCACAAAUAAUCACGACAGCAACCAAAUCAUAGUUCAUGCAAUAGUUGUUUAAGCUGUUCACUGUAUCCUGGUUUUAGAAACUGACCACAUUGAAGUGAGGGCUCUAAUCGUACAGGCCUCAUGUGUUCAUAAGCACUGUUUAGUUGAGAUCAAGGCCAUUCACUCCUAACAGUAACAAUGGCAACAUCAUUGCUACAGAUUGAUAUUUUUCAUCUGUAGAGGUGUACAAUCUCUGUAUCUUUUCUUUUCCCCUUCCUUAACCAAAACAUCUGAUUUAAAUUGACUGCAAACUGACCUGAUUUGUGGCACUAAUUCACUUCAUUUAUAUCGCACCACUCCACGUUCUGCAGAUGCACACUGUUUUAUUGUUAAAUAUACAUGACCCAUAUUACUUUAUUUACAUUGUCUCACAAGCACAAAAUAUGGAAUACUUUAUUGAAUUUGUGGAACCUAUGGGGACACACAGCCUCCAUGGUCUUUGAUGGGCCUUUCUACUUGGUUCCACUCACCUACUAUCCAAAGCCCUUAAAUGUUUGAUGGAUAACAAAUUCCCUUGUAAAGAUUAUUCUAAUGAUUUUUUUUAAAAGCAAUUAUUCCCCUCUCCCUAUUUUGCUAAUGACCAAAUCUGUAUCCGUUCUAGAUGUUUUAAAAUGCUGCUGAAAUAGUGAGGUUUUUGAUUGUUGUUGGGAGGUGUAUCAUGGUACAAUACAGUGACCACUACAUUUGGGAGCUCCACCUGAUCGGAAAGAAGGAAACUGAUAUUCCACUGGUCUAUUCUAAUUGUCGCUGUGUAGUCUGAGGAGCUGCCAUGGCAUACAGUUGCAGUUGUCUUGUGUGAAAGUUGCCAGGCACUGAAUGGUUCUUGUGUACAUGAUAGAGCUCCAAAAUUAAAGUCAAGUAUUGUACAUGCUGUCUUUUAAGUGACAUAACUUGGGGGAUAGGAGAAAUUCCAUGAGAAUUCAUUACUAAUAUUACCCACUAUAUAAUGACCUUUUAAAAAUCCAGUAAAAAGAUGGCUUUAAGAUAUUUGUGCAAACAUUAUCGUCGGGAAAUAAGACAUACUUUGCACCAUAUAAGUAGAAUGUGAGCAACACUGCCCAUCAUUGCAAUCCUUCUAUGAAAAAAUAAAUACCUCAGCAUCGCUUAGCAAUUACAGGCUUGCUUUGCAAACACAAAAAACUAUUCCUGAGGGAUAUGAUUGUAGAUUUAGAGACUAGUAUUAGUUUUUGGAUGAUGUUCUGUGCUUUAGAAAUAUUUAUGGAUUUGGUUUUGUUCUUUAAAAGUUAACCUUGAUAAUUAACAAAAGAAAUCAGUUUGUGAUUCUGAUUGCCAAAGCAAACGCCGCCUUUUGCUACUCAAUUAAAUUGUGGCCUAAGUUUUAGCAUGCCUCAUCUCAUGGUUUUUAAACUAGUUGAAAUUUGUAUUGUACGUGUUUAAGCAGCAUCAAAGUGCUCAUUUUCCACUGGCCUUUGGUCAGAGAGGUAUUAGAUUAACAAUGUCAGGGGAUGGGAAAGGGUUCCGCUAUGUGAAAGGCGUUUUCUAAACAAAAAGGAAAAAAAAGAAUGUUUUAUCUGUGUUGUAUAUUGGAGAUAGUGUUUGUCAUUUGAAUAGUUGAGCAAGUUUUUAACUUUUUAUUAUUGUUGAUGAUAGCAAUGCUAAACAAUUCAAUCUAGACCAAAAAAUAUAUCCUGCUCCUUGCACCCGCUUGACUGAUCAAAGAGUAGUUGUAUAGAUGUGUGGCUAUGGUUGGCUCCUGGCAUCUGAUUUGUGCUUUAGAGAACACUUUGACUAUCCUUGCUCUCAUGCCUGCAGACAGUUGAGGGUGAGAAUUUGCAUACAUUUCCUUAUUUCACUCAUGGGUCAGGCUGACCUGUGUCAACAUAGGUGUCUGAAAUCUGUUUGAUUCAGAAGUUGAUUUCUAACAUCUGAGGCAUGAUUUAACUGUUCUGAGAAAACUAAUAUUAAGGGUGUGCAAUAUUUUUCAUAGGUGAGAUUAGUUGGAAAAAUUCCAUACAUUUGACUGGUUUCUGAAGAGGCAUUUUAUCCUAACUUGUACAAAUAUGUUGGUCGAUAAUUACAAAUAUAAUGCAUCUUAGCUUUACAAUCUGAAAAUCAUAUUCACAAUUCUCAAUUGUUCUGCUGUUGGCAGGCUCAUCUCAAAUGUUUUGCGGUACAUCACAAAUAGGUGUGAAAAUGUCACAUCACAUUUUGAUGUUAUUGUUUUGAAUCUGGCCAGUCGUCUUUUGCUCCCUGUAAGAGUCCACAUUUUCAAUAUUAUCAUUUGCAUCUUGACAGCAUGGAAUCACUGAAUUUUGAAUGCAUUAUAUUGCACACCCUUAAAUAUUCACCUGCAAUGCUACCUUCUGAAAGAUUGUCUAACAUGGGGUAUAUUCCUCAGCAUGUUUCAUAUCAUUAUUUAGAAUUAUUGCUAAACGAGACAGUACUUCUCAGAGGUGGUUGCAGUGUUGUCAAGCAAGAACCUUGGAGCCUGUAUAACAAAUACUAUUUUAGUGUCAGCACAUGCAGCAAUAGUCAGUUAUUGAUACAUGUGUAUGAACAUUGAUCAGUGUUGACAUUCACUCGGCAUUUUGCUUUAGGAAUUGAAUAUAGUACCCAUUGGUACUAUAUAUAUGGGCAUUACCACACAGUAAAACUGCAGUAUCAAAAUAGAUAGUUUUUUCCAUCAAACACGUUCUUCUUAAGCAGUUAUCUUUGCCAUGUUUCAAGUGUCAUCAUGUUUAAAUAACAGAUAGCAAAUCACUUAGUCAUUGUAUUCUGCAGAAUUGAGAUGAACAAAAAAAGUUGGAGCUCAGCUAGCCUGUCCAAGAGUAUUUACUUUUUAAUCUAUUAACUUAAAAUAAUCCUUCAAAAUGGCAAAAAUACUACUGUAUUUUCAAUGAAUCUUCCAUAUCUCUCAGUGAGAGGGAGCAAUACGCAGACUUUGUGCUGGAUUGGUCUUUGCUCCCUUCUGUGUAGCUGAGAAACAUUUUCAUUCCGGUGAUCUGAUGUUCACAUUAGAGUGCUAGGACAUGAUUUUUUUAGAAGAAAUAUAUAUCAAAAGAUGCAACUUGGGAGUACGAUAUUCAUGAACUACAGCAUCCAGACAAUUUUGCAAACACUUCUUUUUCUGGAUUCCGGCUUUCAAAUCAAAAAAUUCCAAAACCUCUUGCUCAUCCCACAUAAGCUUUAAAAUAUAUUAGCCAUUUCUACAUUAUCUGUGUGAAAUGCCCAAUGAAAACAUUGAUGCUGACUCAGAUUUAAGGAGGCUAUUUAGCUUUAGGAUGCUUUCUUUGACAUGCCCUCUGAGGAAAGAAAUGUCCGAUUUACAGCUUGAAAUGCUACAAUGGUUCUGUUAUCACUUAGUCUUUCCUUUUGUUGAGUUUCUUCCUCUUUUUCAUGUGCUAGGGCUUGAAACAAACAUCACUGUUUGUCUCUAAUUUAAACAUUCCCUUCGCUUAGAAUGGAACCACAAUUUAUAAUUGAUCAAACUCUUCAAUGUAAUUAAUAACAUUUAGGCGAAUAUUUUAUUUGGGCAAGUGAUGAUUCUUUGAUGAUUGCUAUCAGGAGUGGUGCCUUUAAACUCCGUUCCUUUUCUUCCCCCUCCUGUUUUCCACCAAGAAAAUCUCAAAGAAAGCAGAAUAAAUUUGUACGCUCUUAAUUGAUAACUCCAUUAAUAGUGCUAAGGUCUGUGCUACGAGUCAAUGAGUAGGGUAGGAAAACCAGUCUAGUUGUUCAGUUAUUAAAUAUUAAAAAUUUAAGAUGAAUUAAAGUAGCAAUAAAGCAAAUUAAGAAUUCUGAUUCUGAAGGUUCAUGAGAAUGUUACCUGAAGAUAUGAAGGUAGUAGAAUUGAUUCUCAUUUCAGUGAUUGGUUAUGUAAAGAGCUCCACAGUCUUGGAAAAUGAUGUAAAGAACAGUCUUGAUAUGUCCAUUUCAGUUAUAUCAGAGCACUUGGAACAAAAGUAUGGAUUAGGUUGUAUAGCACAUUAGUAAAUGAAGGAAUUCUGAGGAAGAAAAUGAAAUGAUGUCAGAUGUAUUUCCCUGAUGUAUUAGAAUACCAGACAGAUGUGCACAGCUAACUUCCAGUGACCUUUGCUUAAAGUCAACUCACAAUGCAUAAAAGCUUAAUUUUUACCAUAGGACAAUCAAGCUAACUUUUCUGUAAAUCUAGGACUCUUGAGCUGUAACAGAAGUUAUCAGUCAUUGUUUUAUUGUUGUGUUAACAUUGCACCAGAGCAAUUGUUAAAGAACUGUUGAGAUGAAUUAUCUGAGGAAAAAAAAUGUGAUGCUGAGUAACAAGAUGUAGUGGCAUUCCACCAUAUUUUGAUGUGUAAUGGAAUGCAUUUUUUAAAUAUUGCUGUACAGUCCAGUCAGCAGUUAUUAAUAUUAUAAUCUCAGUUCCCAUAUUAGUCUAUGGACUUGGAAAAGCUAUAAAUUCCUGAAUCACACAUGGGAUUGUUACAACUUUAGUAGUGGACUUUGAAAUUGCUUUAUUUUUCAGUAGGGUGAAAAAAACCUUAUUUACGUGUUUGCUGCAGGAAUUAGCAAGAGGAAAUGUACACCAAAUCCAGUGAUGUGUUACUGGAGUUUAAAUAUAGGUCCCCAAAAUGUAAAUUAUUUCAUUUUCUUCCUCAGUUGCUUAAAUGCUAGUGUCACCGUUUAUCCUAGGUACAGGAGCAGUUGUAUACCUCAUUUCUAACUCGUGACUGAGUAACUCACUUUAAUAUCCCCACCACUCCUAAUCUCCUCUCCCCUAGUCCCUCAGAGUGGCUGAACCUGCCACUGAUGAUACUUCUAAAAACAUUUUCUGUACAUGUAUCAAUCAGCACUAGCAUGACAAGUGAGCAACAACAGUCACAAUUGACAGGGUAAGUAAAAUUGAUCAUUUUGCUGUCCCUUAGCUUUGUAGCCUGGCCAUUGAUGUCUUUGCCCCUUUCUCCACUGAAAUUUUAACUAAAACUGCUGAACCUUCUCUCAUCUGUGCUGUAAACUAUCGCCUUCACAGCCAAUGCACUGUGUUCGGAGUUGUUUCCAUGACAGCUUGGGCAAGUCAUUGGCUUGCUUGCCACUCUCAACCAGCUAAACUGGUGAGAUGUUAAGGUGGAUCAUCACUUGAAACAAUGGAUCCCAUUAAAUGUUAACCCAAUAUUUAGCAAGUUGAACCCACCUCUGGGGUUCGGGACACAAUUUGAUCUGAAGAAGUGAAAAUGGUGGUUUGAUUUAGCUUGCUGAAAUUUUCUGUUAAGCAUAAAUUGUUUAACUUUGACUCUUUGAUCAUUGAUAACAAAGCUUCUAUUAUACAUCUCCAAAGCCCCACAUAAAUACAAAUAUAUAGUUUGCACUUGAUUACCAUGUGUAGAUCCAGACUUGGUGCAUUUGUGUUUACUGGAAGCUACAAUAUGUUUUCUUUGAUUAUUCGAUACCGUUGUCAUUUAGUGACGAUUCAUUUAGUGACGAUUCUUCUCCUCAGCUUUGUCCCUCCAGCGUUAGCCAAGUGCAAGUAGGCAAUUGCAUAGGAGAGUGCAAGUGGGCAAAUACUGGUUGUAUAUCAAAAGGCUGUUCAGUUUUGACAAUCUUCUAUCAGAUCAGGUAAGGGUACUGUUGCCCAUCGUUGAAAAAAAAAACUACCCUGAUGAAUAGUGAUCACUCUGAAUGUAAAUGACGGUGAUGGUCUUUCCUGCCAUGCUUAGUGCUUUUGUUACAUGACAGCAACCUUACAUUGUGCUGAUAAAACCAAAGACUUUAUUAAUGAUUGUAUGAACUAAAUUUUUUAAUGUCUUCAGUCCUAUACUAAUCUUAUUUCUAAAGUGUGAAUUGCUUACAGUAACUAAAGAAUUGCAUAAAUUAAAGAAAUCAGCUUCAUUCUUUCUACCAAAGCAGUAGAGGACUGCUGAAAGUGGAGCGCCAUGUGCUAUUUGAUUGGUGAAAAGACUGGAGACUCCUGUGGUAGGAUUAGCUCUUCUGAGGGGCAUUUAUCCCUGUGGGCUGGGUAAUUUGGAUUUAUACACAUUGAGGUGCUCUUCAGAACUGACUGUAACUAGCUGGAUGCUGCCAAUUGAUUUUGUGAAAGAAAAAUAAAGACUGAAAAAGAUGUAGCUUGUGUAUAAAGGUUUCAUCUCCUUUUCAUUAAUACCACUGUGCAACUAUGCAUUGUAUUCCUCAACCUUGUGCUAGAUAGACACUCUACUUUUUUUUGUGUAGAGAAGGAAUUUUUUUAUGUUAUGGAGAUUUUUUUGAGGGGGUUGAAGGAUCAUGCAAGCUCUAUCCCAAAGCAAAAUACAAAUAUUAACAUGCGCCUAAUGCAGAUACCAAAGAUUUGUUUCUUCUUUGCAACCUUAGAAUUGUGUAUUAAAUGCAAUUACCCAGCAGGUCUAACCUCAGUCAUUCCAAAGCUUAGAUGUAUAUUUUGGUAUAUUUCUGGGAUAAAAUUGUUUUUUUUUUUGGUUGUCAAAUCCUUGUUUGUUUCCGUGUAUUGCUCUAUAAGUCAUGGCAUGAGAUGAUAAAUUGUCUUUCUUGGUAGUUUAAGAUAUAGUAUUUUUGUAUGUUUUGGGUGUGUUUUUGUGUGUGAGAACAUAACUGUUUUUCACUGCCUAGUUGUUCAUAGUUUUAAAACUGUACAUAUUAUCCAAUUUUGGACGUCCGCAGGCUUAUAUUCUUUAGAUGUGUUAUUUAUUGGAAGGUUUUUAAAGAAGAUUUUCAAUAGGCGGUAUUCCUUUCUAUAUUAAAAAAAAUGUAUAACUACGUAAUAUCUUUGAAAGUUAAAUCGGUUUAAACAAAAUACAGCUUGUUCACAAAAUAAUUUGGUGUUUUUAUAUGUAAAAAAGACGUGGGUUUCCCAAAAUUUCCAAUUGGAAUAAUAUAAGAUAUGGUUAUAUGUGCCUACUGUUGACGUGUAUUGAAAAUAAAAUCCUAGUAAAUAGCAGAAUGAAUCUUGUUCGUUCCAGCCUCUUGGUACUAGCUUUGCUCCUUUCCUUCCCACCCUUUGGACUCCACGGGCAGUGAGUCUCCUUCAGAGAAGUUACACUGUUAGUUGUCAUGUAUAUUGUUCAGUAGACGCCUACUAGAUAGAGUCCAACUUAAUUUAUGAUUCAGUCAUUUGACUGAUCACUUUGUUGAUGUAUACAUUCCAGAGGAAUGCACCUGAUGAUUCUAUCCAGUCGCAUAUGAUAUUGUUUAAUAGCGAAUUGUGCGAAUUAAUACUGGCCAAAAAAGAUAUGUAGAUAUAAUUUUUGGUGGUCUUUUACAUUGAUUCUAUGUACAAAUUCUGUUAAUGAUCAAAAGGAAUACUGUUAUGUGUUAGUAAAUUUCAUGAUUUGAUCAUUAUGUCUGAGCGAAGAUGUGUAACAACUCGGCAAGUGUGAUCACAUGGUUCUCAGCGGCUUUGAACGAUUCGCACAUGUGCAUGUUGUAUUUCCUGUACAAUAAGAUGGCAGCACAGGUAACCUGCGGACGUCCCUGCAUCCAGUGCACCUUAAUGCAGUACUGCAGUUGAGUGUGUCCACAUAUACACAGAAAGUCUCUAUGUAUAAACAUCUAAUAAGAUGAUUAAAACUGUCAAACCUUUUACCAGUGCAAAUGUUGCAAACAAAAGUAGCACAUGUUAGUGACACCAUCUGAGUGUUGAGAAUUUGUUGACUUUAAGUUUAUUGCAUCCAAUACUUCAAACUGCCCAUGUUUGUUUGUUUUAAAAGGGUGUGUUUGGGGCAAAAUUCAGUUCACCUAAUGAAUGAACUAAACAUGCAACAAUGCAAGUCUAUAACUAUAAAGUCAAUUAACAUGUUUGAAUGGUCCUUGAAAGAGAUUUGGGAUGUAUUGCAAAAUGCAUAAACAUUUGGGGUUAAAAAUGUAUUCGUCAGACUAUUUCUCACUUUUAUCAAAAUAGCCUUUUUUCCAGAAAUGUUAAUAAGGUUUAGGAAAAAAAUGUGAAAACAUUACUAAUUAUGAGAUUGUGGAAUAUUGCAAAAAUCAGUGUUUCACGAAGGACAAUUACAUUUUUGCAUUCUGGUUUCCCCAGAAAUAUCAAUUGUAUAGUUGAACAAUACAUGUUACAAAUCUCUUAUAAUUACGUAACAUUUGCAGUUGCUACAGUCUGUAUAUUUCUGAAUAAGCCCAUCGUACCACUUGGUAAUACGUACACCAUCUGUGAUGUUCUUCUGGAUGCAUGGCUUAAAACUUGUACAAAUAGCCCAAAUCAAUACCUUUGAUUGGAAAUGUUUAAUCUUGAUGAAUUGCAAUUGAUACUUGCAACUAUUAUUACAUCUAAUUAAAGUGCCAGCAUAGAUUCCAAAGAAAUCCAUCCAUUUUUUAAGAAUCCUUCAAUGUUGGCACAGGAUCACCCAGGAAAACUGGCCAAAUUCAAUAAAUUCCAGGUAUUUGCAGUCUGCUUAAUUUAGGCAUUUAUAACCUUUUUACUCUUGAAGAUAAAUUGGUAAAUCCUUUAACUAAUUAAGAAACAUUAUGAGAACUGAAUGACAAGGCAUUCAUGGAAAUUAACUUACGAGGCAAAUGUUUUUUAAAUCUCUUAUUACUUCCCAUUACCAAACCUACUUGUAUCGGUUUUAUAUAACAACGUAAUAGCCCCUAAUUCUGAGUCUGGUUGCCUUUUCAAAAUAAAUUAUGAUAUACAAACUAAAUGCUUAAAAUUUUAAAUUUGAGUCGGAACAGUCAUAUUGAUAGAUUUCAUACAUUUUUCCAGUCUUAUCAUAUUUUGGGGAAAAUUUUAAUUCAACCAGUAUUAAUGCUCUGUUUGAGAAAUAUUCUGAUAGUUUAGAAAUCUUUUUACUUUCAGAUGGUUUUUAUUCUUUUGGCAGGUAAUAAAUAUCCAUCCCAAACUGUCCUUCAAUUGAGUUUUUUUUAACAUCUCAGAGGGCAGUUAACGUUGAUUUCACCAUAAAUUGACUGAAUUUUUAAUAAUAGAUGAAUACUAUUAUCUUAAAAUGUUUGUGCUCUAAAUGAUUGGAUUUGUUACCUCCCAUUCCUUUAUUAUCAAGCCAACCACAGAGCUAAAAUGUAUCUCCAAUCAUUUUAAUCAUUCACUCUUUUUGUUAAAAUACUCUUGGAAGAAAAACAUUUUUCACAGAAUGAUAACACAGAAAUACAGGUCGCCAGAAACACUGGGACCACUAAUUAAUAAUUUGCAGAACUGACACAAUACUAGAAAUUAGCAGUAAAAUGGAGAAACAAGAAACUGCAGACGCUGAUUUACUAAAGCAAACUUUUGUAAACUGGUCCGACAAAGGGUCCCAAUCUGAAACGUCACCCAUCUACAUGGAUACUCGAGCACUUUGUGUAUUAUUUUCAAUAGCAAGUAACAGGUUUAGUUUUUUAUAAUGUAUUGGGAAGUUACUGCAGGGUGAUUAAAACAUUAUUAUUUCUAAAUCUAUUGUAAUGUGAAAGCAUAGCCUUCCCAUUGAUUUGUCCGAUGGUGUCAAUCAGCAAGCAUCAGUAAUAGUUGACAGGUAGCAGCCUUUUAAUUAAAUAUUAAUCUUCGCCAUCGUAUAUGCAAACCCAGCAGUAAUGCCUAAUCUAAAGCUAUUAGCUAUUUUGACAAUAACCACAUUAAAAUGAUUGAGGAAAAAGUUUGGUGUAAGCAGUUUUUUAAGUAAAGAAAAAGAGUGUGGAUAUGAAAGGAAAAUCUUGCAGCCAUUUUGCCCCAGUUAUCUUAAUGAGUUGUGUUCAUCAACGUUCUGACAAAUGCCUUCUUUAAUUAAAAACGAAUCUUCACUGAGAUCCAGAACUGUAACAUCACAAGAUGGUUUAUCUUGUAUUACUAACGCAUCACUUUUGGUUUAACUUGCAUUCGUUGUGCAACAUUUGCUGGUAUUUAUUUCAUGAAUAGCAUGACAUUUUUGAAGAGUAGCAAUGAGGAAAUUUAAAAUCACGAGGUUAAAAAUAUGAAUGCGACAUUUUGUUGUGUAUAAAGUAAUUCCAACAUGACCUAGUGUGAAUGCACAUUUCAUUAUAUUGUACAUUGACACGUUGCAACAGUGAGGCAUUAUUGUUAAGCAUCGGUUUGCAUAUUGCUGUGUACUGGUAUAACCAUAUUAACUUACAAUGUACAGUAUCAUUUCUGGCUCAAGAUGAACUUGAGAAAAAAGUUGAACCUUUGGGAAAUUGUAAGGACUAAACUGUCAGGAUAUUAAAUUUUACACUUUGACAAAUGUA